AUGUCAAUGAUGAUUGCCAAACGCAAGCGCGCGAAGAAGGCAUGCAUCCCCUGCCACCAACGCAAGAGAAAGUGCGACGCAGAAUACCCAUGUGGCACAUGCACGAGCUACGGAUAUGAUUGCAAAUAUGCCAACGAUGACACAGCUAGCACCGUGAGUAGUGGCGGACAGGCAGCACCUACGACCAAGCGUGUGAGCCUCGAUAGCGGAAAUAUUAUGACGAGCGGGACCUCUGUCAAAUAG